AUGCGUUCGGAUAGUGUACCAUAUGCAAUUCCAAGGGGAUGGAGUACAUCUCAUGGCCCUACACCUGGCAUAGACAGUGAAAGUGAUGAUAAUGUGGUUACAAUUGGUUUGGAUAGACCACAGGCAUCAAUAAAGGUUGUGCAAUCACUGGGCAAGACAUAUAAAGUAAGCACAGUGGCUGGAGGAUCAAGUACACACAAAACUGAAAAUAAUGUGGAUACAAAGGUGUAUGGAUGUGGAGAGCUGAACGAGCCUGGAGGGCUUUGUGCAAGUGCAGAUGGCUCCUGCCUCUACAUUGCUGACACCAACAAUCAUGCUGUCAAGAUCCUCUCCCUCAAAGACUAUUCUUUACGUCUUCUGGCCAUAAAACUGAUAGAUGAAGGUGACAGUUCAAGUCAAGACUUGAAGCCAGACUUGAAGGUUGAGGAAGUGACUGCUCAGGUUCCUCAUGGGAGGGAAGUUCAAGUCAUCCUCAGAAUAACCAACAGUCUGCCAGAAGGCUCUUCAUUUAACACUGAUGCCCCAAACAAGUGGACCAUUGAGACCAGUGAUUCACAGAUUAUUCUGCCAUCAUCAGAGGGUAAGCUUCAAGAGGUGACAGACAUACCUCUGGCUCUUCACCUGGUUUCUGGCAUUACAUCAGAAGCUAAAUUAAUAUUAUCAUGUGUGAUGUUUGUGUGCCUCAACAGUGGAGUUUGUGUCACAAGAAGUGCCAGAUGUAAUAUAAAGCUGACAAGCUUAGGGUCACAAGAGUCAUCUAAACAAGAUGACUUUAUUGUUAACAUAAAUAUUUAAAGAAUUUUAAAAAGUAUUCAAGGGUAUUAUUUACUCGAGAUCUUUAAAUUAAUGCAUUUUUAAGUAUGUUGAAUGAGAACCAUUUCAUUGUUCUUGCAGCUUGUGUUAUCUUAUGAACAAUUGGUUUUAAGCAUUAAUAACUCACUUAAGAUGAACUUAGCCUAUGAUAGUUCAGCAAAUAUUGACGGUGUUGGAAUGUGUAGGACUUGUAUGAUUGUCAUAAUUCUCCCCUUUCAAAAGUGCAUUGCUUGAAUAAAAGGCAGAAACUAUAUUGCUAACAGGAUCUAAAAUACAGUGAUCCCUUCUCUUUGUUGUUAUUUGACCAGAUGCAUUAUUUUGUACAGUAUGUAACCAUUUUGUGCAUAUGUUUAAUUAACAAUUUUGAGGGUAAAACAAUUCAAGGAAUAUGGAUUUUAUUUUUUUUUUUCAAAUUUUGGACAGGUGUUAUUACAGAAUACAUGCAAAUGACCCACAAACAACUUUGAAUGUUUGAUUUUUUGUUGGUCAUUUAUGCAAUGGCACAACAGCUGUAUUUUUAUUUUCAGGUUUACUCAGACCUUUUUAUUGCUAGUCAAACAAGACUUCAUUUGCCUAUUGGAACUCCUCUUAAUUCACUAAGUAAUGAUCACAUAGGUGGGACUUAGUUUCAGAAUAAGUAAUAAUUACUGUUUGGAGGGCCAGGUUGGGGCUGUAAGGAGGAAGGUUAAAUAAAGUUGCUCAAAAUCACAGUCACAAAUAGCAAUUCAUGCAGUAUAGGCCUUCUGGAAGAUACAAGAAUCCUCUCCAUUUCUCCUUGAAGGUUUGUACAGUUUUCUAAUUGGUUCACAUAGCAUAUAACCAGUCAGCCGAACCUAUUUUUCAUCCCAGAAAAUCAAGGCCAGGCUUUUGCUGGCCAAAAGUUGAAUUUGGAAUCUCUUGAGUCAGAGAAGUUCUUUGCUUCUAUUGUGCUGAUUCUGACAUUUAAAUUGGAUUCUCAGUGAUAGAUCCUUGUGUCAUAUCCAGUGACUAUUAGAAAAAGUAACUGUAUUGACUUCAUGCAGUUGAAGUACUUUUAGACUUGCUUCCACGACCCUGUACUGUAGUGUUGAUCCUGAAGGCUGAAGGUUUGCCAAAACCUUAGGCUUGACCAAAUGCUAAUGGAUUAUAGCCAUAACUUUUUUAAGAAAUUUACCAAAAUCAAGCUCUUGACUUAGGCUACUUUAGCUUUAUCAAUGGUAUCUGCAGGGUGUCCUGACUGAGGGCCAUCGUUAAGACACAUUCCUUUGCUUGACCUCUUUAUACCCAAUCUUCUUAGUAAUACAUAUAUGAACAGGCAUCAUUAUUGUACAUGGUUAGUAUGGUGCUGCUUUUCUCUGUAAUUACCAUCUUUUCAUAGGAAUCUUGACACUGAUACUUAAGUAUGUGAAGAAACCCAACUUUCUAGAAUUACAAACUUCGAGCUUUCACAUUAUAUGAUAUAUGUCUCUAAUGUUGUAUUAUUGAACUUCAGCACAACUGCUGUACAUAGGUACAUCUUCAGAGUAUAUAAAGAAUCAUAACUGUUAUUUUAUAAUUUGCUAAAUUUUAAUCUGCUGCUUGUUUAUAGGUAGGGACAUUUAUUGCACUUGUCUUAUACCAAUUUUUGCAUUUAAGCUUUUAACUUUUUUAUAUUUAUAUGUUGUUUACUUUUAGUUUUUAUAUAUACACCUACCAUCCGACUUACGACCUGCUCGACAUACGACCAUUUGACUUAAGAACUUGUUUCCUAUGCCAAAUUUCUGGAAAUAAGCAAGUGUUUGUGUUGUACACAGUAUUUAUCCUAAACCUUACAGUAUCAUAUACAGUAGUAACAGCAUAAAAAGUAAAGUAAAACAUGAAAUACCAAAAUAAAACAAUAAAAUAAAGUCAUUACAAAAAUGUGAUGUUGACAUUCAGUAGUAAAGUUCGGGCUACGUCCGUUUCAACUUACGACCGGUUUCUCGGAACCAAACUCAGUCGUAAGUCGGAUGGUACCUUUAAUUCAGCAUUGUAAGAUUUUAAGUUAAUUCUUGUGCUUUCAUGCUUUAUAUGAAAAAAUUCCUGAAUUUAUCUGGUAAAUGCCAAAUGAUAGUCAACCCUCAUUGGAACUUGAUAGUAACCUUGCAUUUAUGUUAAUCUUUAAAACAUGAUGUAGGUAUACAUGAGUAGUGAAAAGUCUUCCAUCAUAGUACUUGUUUUUAGUACACUGGUAUACAGUAUUUACCUCUUUUACUUAAUAUUAAUGAAUUUUUAUCUAAUUAA